GUAACUUCUAAAAUAACAAAAAUAUUAGGGAUGUUGGCUAUGGCACAGACAGGACUGCUGAGCUCCCCAGGGUAUGGGAGCAGCCCAGCCCUCUGGAGCUCCUCAGCCUUUCAAAAGGCAAGGGGUGAAAACCCCCGUAGACAUACUCUUUCCAUGCCCUCCUAUGACAUCGGUGUUACAUUUGAGGGAAAAGAGCAUCUCUUUUUAUGAGGCAGAGCUUAGAGAUAGCGGGGUGAGGUGGCAGCCUGGCGAAACGUGGAGUUCCCCGCAGGGCCAUGUCUGCGUGCCCUGCUCUGCCCCUUGCAGAUAAGGAUGGCGCCUGCUGAGGAGCUCCGUGCCUCCUGUGGACCAGGUGGACUGUGAGCUUUGGCCUGGCACCUGGCAGAGGCACGUGCGGCGCCAGGGGAUUGCAGGACCUUUGUCAAAUCGGUGGCGUCUUACACUAGCCCACGGGUGUUUGAUGAUGGCUUUUUCUCAUGCUGUUGCUGCACUCAUGUACCCCUUGCAAUCCUCCUUUCCCCAGAGCACGGAUCCUGAACGCGUGCUAUGCUGCACGGAGGAUUUCUUUAAAAAAAAAAAAAAAUAAAUGUGCAGGAACAAGCGCAGUGGUGGGGUGUAGGGGCACCGGUGUGCAGGAAUGUGAGAAGCAGUAUGUGUUGUAGCGCAUAUGUUGUGCAGCCGCUUGGUCUGACUUCUGCUCCGCAGCAGCUCUGCUGGGGACUCCUCGGCUGCAUGCUCCUUAAGGGGCUGGUGGGAGUUUCCUUGGUAGAAAAAAAUGAAAUGUUAAAGAACAAAUGGGCCAGUAAAGAUGCUGCAGAAAUGCUGAGAGGACUGUUAUAGCUGAUAAAGGUGAAGACAUUUUCUAAGUCAGAAUUCCUACCUGCAAGCAGUGAUAUUUCCAGGGUUGUAUAACACCACUGCCUUUUACUGUGAGGAGACCAUGGCUGAUCUAAGGGGCUACAGCCCCAAUCUGCUAUGCCAGCUCCUCAGUUGACAGAGGACUCGACAGACACCAAUGCUUUUUUCCUCCAGAGGAAGCCAGGGCACAGCCCUUUAAAAAGUUUUUAAUUCUUACUGGUGUUUGGAGUUCCUUGUUGCAAUGUCCUGAGUGAAGAGACUCUACAGAGCAAUACAGGCAUAAAACAGCAAAGAUGCAGAGAGUAAUUUCCUUAAACAGUUGCGUGGCUUUUGUUGUUGAAAUUUUGGUAUGAAAUAUCAGAUGCUUUUAUAUUAACUUUUGAAAUGCUGAGUCUUGGAGUCAAACAAAGUGAAAACAAUUUCUCUGGCUUACAAGCAAGAAAAAGGAGCCUGUGAAAAGCCAGAACUGCUCCCAGGUCUGCCUGAGGGCAAAAAGCUGUUUCAUCUGAGGGAUUCUCAAGUGUGUCAAAUUGUGCGAUGCGGCAGGACAGAGACUGUUUGCAUGUAGCAGCCCGGCAGUCAGAGUUUAGGUGCUGCUAGAAAUGCUACAAAGGCUUGUAGUUGGACAAAUGGCAUUCAGUAGGCUAACCAGGCUGCAGCGCUAUUUCUUUCCCUUGCCCCCUUCCCUUCUGCAUCGUGAGCAUCUCCCAGCCCUUCCUUUCUGUGCCUUUGGCGCGUAGCCUGCAUGAAGUCUUUCUGUCUGCCCUAUUUCUGUCCCUAACCUAGCUUGUUUGCAUUCUGGCUCCACAGCGCUGUAAGAUCCUGUCUUUGCUGUGGCUCCAGGCGAGCUCUGCUCAGAGGGUGGCCAGGGAAACCCUCCCUGGGCUGCCCUGUGCCCUUUCCCCACUGCCCCAUCCUGCCAGCACCAUGGCUCGUUGCUCCAUCUUUUGGUUCUGCCAGCUCAUCUUGACUUGGAUCAGAGGAGGCUGUUAAGAUGGGAGAAGGGGAUGGGGCAGACUGGGAGGUCAGCCGUUGAAAAUGAAUGGAGAGAAGGAAGCUUAAGCGAGGGAGGGAAAGGAGUGUGCCCAGGAACACGUGAUGGCUGGGUCUGGUGUGCUGGGUCAUGGCGUGGCUCACAUGGCAGCGGUGCAUGUCUGCUUGUUAUGUCACUACGUGCUGCCUUUUUUUCUUGCCUUAGGGGGUGUGAUAGCUUACAUCAGCUCUUCAAGCUCGGCAUCUAGCCCAGCCUCAUGUCACAGCGAGAGCUCAGACAGCGGUUUCCAGUCAUCCUCUUCUCCUGUACCAUCUUCUCCAAACAGCUCCUCUUCAGAGAGUGGCUGCAACGGCCGGAGCAGCGAGGGCUCUGAUGGGGCACCGAAGAGUGAUCGGCUGGAGGAGACUAUUAAAACAAACCAGUCGAGUGUUGCUGGUUUGACAAAAGGCCAUAAUGGAGUCACAAAAUUUAAUGGCAUGGUUCUUCUUUGUAAAGUCUGUGGAGAUGUCGCUUCAGGAUUUCAUUAUGGUGUUCAUGCCUGUGAAGGCUGCAAGGGUUUUUUCAGAAGGAGCAUUCAGCAAAACAUCCAGUAUAAGAAGUGCUUGAAGAAUAACAACUGCUCUAUAAUGAGAAUGAAUAGGAACAGAUGCCAGCAGUGUCGUUUCAAAAAAUGCCUGUCAGUUGGGAUGUCAAGAGAUGCUGUUCGAUUUGGUCGCAUUCCCAAACGUGAAAAACAGAGGAUGCUGAUUGAAAUGCAGAGUGCCAUGAAAACUAUGAUGAACAGUCAGUUCAGCGGUCACUUACCCAAUGAAGCAUUAACAGAACUUCAAGAUCAAGCACCUCAAGAAGACCUUUCCUCCAAGCCCAAACAAGAGCGGGAGACCAUCAAAAGCCCUUCUCCCCCUCCUGGCACUGACAUGGCUAAGGAAGAAGUGAUUGGUAUGGUCACUAGGGCCCACAAAGACACUUUCAUGUACAACCAAGAACAGUCCCAAAACCCAGCAGAGAUGAUGCAGUCCCAGACUGGGGAGAGAGUGUCAAAGAACACUGAGCAGUACAUCUUGAGCAGCGAGCACCGUGUUAGUGGGCUCAGUGGUCCUCAGUACCCUGAAAGUGAGCAGCACCUUGCUGGUGGACAGUACAAAGGGAGAAGCGCAGUGCAUUAUCCAAGUGGGCACACCAUGUGUUUUACAAACGGCCACUGUAUGAACUUCACGAGUGGUUAUACUCAGCAGCUGUGUGAUAGGAUCCCAGAAGACGGCUUUUCUCCAAACAAGAAUGCCACUUAUUCUUGCAGCACUGGAGGAAGAAUGCAUCUGGUCUGCCCAAUGAGUAAGACUCCCCAUGUGGACCCAAACAAGUCUGGCCAUGAAGUCUGGGAAGAGUUUUCCCUGAGUUUUACCCCUGCGGUGAAGGAAGUGGUGGAGUUUGCCAAGCGCAUCCCAGGUUUCCGAGAUCUCUCCCAACAUGACCAGGUUAAUCUUCUGAAGGCUGGGACCUUUGAGGUUUUAAUGGUACGGUUUGCGUCUUUGUUUGAUGCAAAGGAACGUACCGUCACCUUCCUGAGUGGAAAGAAGUACAGUGUGGACGACUUGCAUUCAAUGGGAGCUGGUGAUCUGCUCAACUCAAUGUUUGAAUUUAGUGAAAAACUAAAUGCCCUGCAACUUAGUGAUGAGGAAAUGAGUUUGUUUACAGCGGUUGUCCUGGUAUCUGCCGAUCGCUCCGGAAUAGAAAAUGUCAAUUCUGUGGAGGCACUUCAGGAAACACUAAUCCGUGCAUUAAGGACCUUAAUCAUGAAAAAUCACCCAAAUGAAGCCUCUAUUUUCACAAAACUUCUUUUGAAAUUACCUGACUUGCGUUCCUUAAACAACAUGCACUCUGAAGAACUCUUGGCCUUUAAAGUUCACCCAUAGGCCUUUAGAUCUCAUUUGGACUUGGACUUGCCUGGUGUUAAACUGUUUUGUGCUAAAAUAUGUAUUUAUACAGUUGUACCACUUGUUGGAGAGAGAGAGAGUUCACAGACUGUGAACAAUUGAUAGCUGUUCCAUAACCAUGCAAUAACGCUUCAGCAGGUGCUUUCAGCUAACGGCAGCACAGUGUUUGGAGUCCUCCAAGACCUCCAGACCCAGCUGUGCUGCACUGCUGCAGAAGAGGUUGUGAUGAGCCUGAAUAAAUAUGGACUGUUCCUUCAUUUAGGAAAAAGAACCACUGCUGCCCUCUCAUGUAAACGGAACACAAAAUAGCUGUGUAUAUGCAUAUGGAGCAUGGAAUGGGGUGGGAACAAUCCUGUGCUAAUGGGAAAAUGGAAGAGCUGAUUUAAUUGGUCUUUCACGUAUCUAAUAGAUGUAUGUCUGUGUCUCUUGAUAACUCACUCAUGGUUUCACUGUUGUUAUUCCAUUAAACCCAAUGGAAUGAUUUCAGCUUGCACCAACUCUUCACUGAGCGUGUGUUCAUGCCAUGUGUAUAUAAUAUAAAUAGUUAAGUAAUGAGUGUUUAUGGCUAUAUAAAGUACAGAGUUGUGUGUAUAUAUGUGUAUGUAUAUAAAUAGUUCUAUACAUAAAGUAUACAUAUAAUUUCUUCACAAUAUUUUAAACUGUGAAGGAAUUUAAACUUACAAGAGAAGGUGAUCUAUGGAAAGAACCAAAUAGAUGCACUUUGCAUAUUGCUGAACUAAUUAUAUGAGCAUUUCUAAUUUUUAGAAAACAUCAAAUUUGCAUUAAUAUGCUGUGUUUGUUAAUUUAAAAACCCCACCAGAGUGGCACCAAAGGGGCAGGGUCAGAUUCAACUUCUAGAAGGGGUUCGUAGAGAAUCUCAGGUGGACAUGGUUGGUUGUGGCACUAAUAGAAUUGAUUGUCUGCUGCCACUGAGGUUCUUACGUUCUGGUAAAGGUUAAAGAAGCACCAGAUGCUCUUCAGAAACUUCAGCACAGCCAGAAAGAAACUAUCUGAUAAAUAACAGCAUCUAUCAGGAAAAAGAAAAAUAAUGGGAAAAAUGUAUCCAUGGUUGCGUUUGGGUGUAUGUGUGUUCUGUGACAGUUUAUUUCUUGCAAUACAUCAUCUCGCUGCUUCAUUGCUAAAUGAGAAUUGAAAACAGAAAUGUGAGAUUCCCCAUGUCUUUUCACAAUUUGGGCUUUGUGGUUCCCAUGCCUGUUCUUCUGGAGCUCUCCAUCGGUGCAUGUGCGUGUGUGUGUAUGCGCAGAGAAGGUGCACUGGAUGGUCUGGAUUUUUUUUCUUAAAAAAAAAAACACCACAAAAACCAAACAAAUGGGACAUUUUUUGUUGUUUAUGCCAGUAGCAAAUUACAAAGCAGAUCCUUAAGGCUUAAGAUUCUGCUGCUUUUCCAUCUAGAAAAGCAGCUUUCUAUGGGUUUUCUCCAUUUGUAGCAGGGCCUGGCAUCAGAAAAGAGAGAUAAAAAAAGUCAAAGCAGUUUUGUUAGUUAGUUAUGUUUAUGUUUUGCUUAUGUGGGAAGAAGAUGCUCCAUUACCCUUGUGUUUAGUUAGCUUUCCUGGGAGGUAGCCCUCUGAGUCUCUAGCGCUGACUCCCUUUGUUACCGCAUUUAGCUGUACGCGGUAGCUGAGGAGCCAGAAAGCCACCGGGCCGCAUCGCUGCUCCUGGCCGUGCAGCCAUGGCUCUGGCGCAGCAGCGAGCGGACGGAGCCCUGGUGCCUGCCCCUGAGCACUGCCAGCUGGGCAGGGCAGGGGAGGCUUGCACCCUGCCACAGCUCCGGUCACCUCGGCGCUGGGAAUUUCCCCUCGGAAAGCGGUAGGGAGUGCUGGCCGGGGGGGCAGGAGCAGAAGGGGGCAGAUGCUUGAGUAAGAGCUGGGGAAAAUUCACCUUUAGCCUUGGUUGAGGAGCAGAAGAGCCCACCCUUUCCUCCACAGCUGCUGCAGGGAGAGCUGUCCUCCUGCUUUGAGCUACUUUAACCACUGGAUAAUGGCCCCUUAACGUACAGUUUUGCCAUCCAAAUGUGCUGUCGGGGCAUAUUGUCCUAAUUUCUGUUAACAGUCUGCAUCCUACCAGUAUUAUUUGUUUGAGAGCUUCACUGAAUUAUGCAUUGAACCAUUCAGACUUUAGAAAGGACACAGUCACGUUUUGUAUUAUUUAGGGGCUGGAAUGACUUCUUUGUAGACCCCAUUUCAAAUGUGGAAAGUACAGUUAACCCUUGGUUGUUUUGGAAGGGAAGGAGGCUUCUUGCAGAGAUUGCCACCCUACAACUGUGUUUUGUUGUGUUUUGGUUUGGUUUGAUUUUUAUUUUUUUUUUUUCCUUCUUAAAACUGUAUUAUUAAGCCUUUAGGAAUGUAUAACCAGGACUGAGUAAUUACUGCUUAUUAAAUUUUUAGUUAGAUUGACCAUGUAUGCCUAUAGAUAGAUAUUGUAACUUGUGCAAUUUCAUUUGAAAUAAUCUUCCUGUACAUAAUGGAAAAACUCAUAUAACAGAAAAAAAAAGCCCCAAACGGAUUGACUGAACAAAAAAGUUGAUUAAAGUACGGUUCAAAAGUGACCCACGUAUUACAAACCCUAGCUGGACUCUUGGAAGAAAAUCUGAACUCAUUGUGUUAGCUGUGUAUUGUGAGCUCUUCUUUUACUGUGUCACUGGUUAUACACUUGUUAAACGCUGAGAUAAUAGACUUCAUGCCAGACAUUUGAGUACUGUAGACUGGGUCAUCGCUGAAAGAUUAGUGUACUGUAUGACUUAAAUGAAAUUUUUAUUCUUGAUUUUAUUCUUGAUUUUGUUCUUGUUUUAAAAGAUUAAAUAUGGGCAUUAUGUCAGCAAGCUAAA